AUGACCCUGGUCAUUGGCAGGACUGUGCUGUUGAGAGAGAAGAUUGUGGACACAGCCCCGCCAGUGCCGGCAGAGCUCAGCCCAGCCUCAGAGCCCACAGCCCUGCCCGCCGCUGCCGGAGCCGGAGCAGCCUCCAGCGCUGCCCGGGGGAGCUGGGGUCAAGCAGGACAGGGCACCAUGAAGCCGGAGAGCUUCCCCGAGGAGAAUGGCCUCGGGGAGGGAAGGGCGGCCGGCCAAGGAGACCUCACAGCCGAGAGCUGCCAGAAGAAACGCCGCUGGAUUCCGGAGAACUUCUGGGAGGACGCGAGGCAGCUGCUGGUGCUGGCGGGGCCGCUGAUCCUGAUCCAGCUGCUCAUCUUCCUGAUCCACCUGGUCAGCUCCAUAUUCUGUGGCCACCUGGGCAAGGUUGAGCUGGCCUCUGUCACGCUGGCCAUCGCUGUUAUAAAUGUCACCGCCAUCUCUGUAGGGUACGGUUUGACUUCAGCGUGUGACACUUUGAUAUCACAGACCUAUGGCAGCAAGAACCUGCUGCGUGUGGGGGUGAUCCUGCAGCGUGCCACCAUCAUCAUCCUCCUCUGCUGCUUCCCCUGCUGCGCCGUCCUUCUCAACGUGGAGCCGCUGAUGCUGCUCAUACGGCAGGACCCCGAUGUCUCCAGGCUGACCCAGCGCUACGUGGAUGCGUUUCUCCCUGCCCUCCCGGCAGUUUUCAUGUAUAACCUGGAAGCAAGAUACCUGCAGAACCAGAUGAUCAUGUGGCCCUUGGUGCUGAGUGGGGUCAUCGGCAACCUCAUCAACGUGGCUGCAAACUACGUGCUGCUCUUCGAGUUCCACCUGGGCGUCAUGGGCUCUGGCUGGGCCAACACCAUCGCUCAGUAUUCACAAGCCAUUUUCUUGUUCCUGUACAUCAUAUGCAGGAAGCUCCAUGUGAACACCUGGGGAGGCUGGUCCAGCGAGUGCCUGCUGGAGUGGGACAGCUUCACCUCCCUGGCCAUCCCCAGCAUGCUCAUGAUGUGCAUCGAGUGGUGGACCUACGAGAUUGGGAGCUUCUUGAUAGGCCUGCUGAGCGUUGUGGAGCUCUCUGUCCAGUCCAUCAUCUAUGAGGUGUCUGUUGUCUGUUUCAUGAUCCCCCUGGGGCUGGGCACAGCUGCCAGCGUGCAGGUGGGCAACGCGCUGGGCGCCGGCAACGCCAACAUGGCCAAGAGAUCCUCCCACACCAGCCUGAUCUGCACAGGGGUGUUCUCUGUGAUUGUGGUGUCCAUUUUAGUUGCCUCAAGGAAUGUGCUGGCAUACAUCUUCACCACAGAUAAGGAAAUCAUUGACUUGGUGGCAUGGAUCAUUCCUGUCUACGUUGUCUUCCACGUGUUUGAAGCCAUGGCUUGUGCCUGCAGUGGGGUGCUCAGAGGCAUCGGGAAGCAGAAGUUUGGUGCCAUCCUCAACGCUGUGGCUUACUACGGUGUGGGCUUGCCCCUGGCAGCUGUGCUGCUCUUCGUGGCCAGGAUCGGCGUCAUGGGCCUGUGGGUUGGGUUGCUCGUCGCCGUCUUCAUCCUCUGCAGCAGCUUCGUCACCUUCAUCUCCCGUGUGGACUGGGAGAAGGCAGCCAAGAAGGCUCAGCGCCGCGCAGGAGUAACCCCACAGAGGCUGCCGAGCCUGUGCACUGAAGGCUCCUACAAGGACCUGGAUAUUGCAGCAGCCCCCCAGCCCCACACUUUCCUCCCUGCCAGGGCUGUGCUGGGGUCUGUCGCGGGGUUAGAACCACAGAGCGACAUUGUGCUCACGAGAAUCACCAGGACAGAGGGCCCCACGUACCAGCUGGAGCUGAGGGAAGCCGCCUCCUCCCCGGCCACCCCCGUGGUCACCAACCAGCUGCUGCUCCGCCGUGCGCUGGCCCUGGUCAUGGCCAUCACCACGCUGGCCCUCGGCAUCGCCGUGAAGAUGAUUGUCAGCACGCCCUGACUCCCACCAAGGACUGUGGGGACUUGAUUUUGGGGUGAAAGCCUUUCCUGAGGGACAGGUGUAGCAGGAAUGGACGAGCCAGAGAGAAGGUGGAGUGCACGCCUGUCCCGCAGGAGCCUCUGUCAGUGUUCAGCAGUGUCUGUGCAGAUUCCAGUUGGGAAUGGGCCCUGAGGCUGCUCUGACACCCAAAAUGCUGCUCUGAGCUGCCUGGCACACACAGUGUGUGGGGGAUCCCCCAGCCCAUGCUACCACCCAGUGGAGCUGAGUUCAGCCCAGCUCCCCCUGCUGCUCCGUGACAAAUGGCCAAUAAAGAAUAAACCCAGCUGGA